UGGUUACAUUCUUUUCUUUUUUUUUUUGAAUUUCAAAUUUUUUGUUUUUUUUUUUAUUAAUCCUCAAAGACGAAAAAUUAGUUUUGGCUUCCGAUGAACGCAGCAAUCUCUCAUCCGCCGGAGCUAAUGCCGUCGCUGAAUCUUUCUACGGGUUGUGAUGGCUCGGAAGAUGCGAUUAACGCUGCAGUUGAGGAAGAGCUCGCCGAGUUAGCGAAAGGCGACUCGAGCAGCGGCGGCGGAAGGAGUAAAGUGAAAGGACCUUGGUCUCCGGAGCAAGAUGCGGCUCUUACCAGGCUUGUUACCAAGUGUGGUCCGAGAAACUGGACUCUGAUCUCCCGUGGGAUCCCUGGUCGCUCUGGGAAAUCGUGCCGGUUGCGUUGGUGUAACCAGCUCGAUCCUUGUCUCAAAAAGAAACCUUUCUCUGAUGAAGAGGAUCAUAUGAUAAUGUCUGCACACGCUGUUCAUGGGAACAAAUGGGCUGUGAUUGCUAAACUCUUACCUGGGAGAACAGAUAAUGCCAUUAAGAAUCACUGGAACUCAAGUCUUAGACGUAAACCAGCAGAUGUAUGGAAGGAUCAUCAAGGGAUACCUAGUACAGAAAUAUAUCAAGUGCAUCCAUCAAAGGUCAGGAAGAUAUCAAAUGAAACAUCCCCCAGAGAACAUUUACCUCGAGAAGAAGUCAAUUCGUUUAUGGCUCCCGUAGUAAAUGAUGAUCAAAUGGCUAAUGAACCAAACGAGCCUCUUCUGGAACAGAAGAGUAAACCUGAUGUUUAUCGCCCAGUGGCUCGAAUGGGUGCUUUCAGUGUUUGCAAACAAGGAUACAUGAACCACCAUAUGGCUCCAUGUGAGGGACCUUUGGUUCACGCAUCAAGGCCCGGCUCAUUGGCUGGUAAAUUUCUCCAGUCUCUUUGUUAUGAACCUAUCGUCCCUUCAAAAUGCGGCCGCGGCUGCUGCAACCAUUCAGACAACAAAACACUGUGCAACUCGGUGCUGGGACCAGAGUUUGUGGAUUAUGAGGAACAUUCUUCUGCAGAGUUAGACCAAGAAUUGAUCUCUAUAUCAACGGACCUGAACAAUAUUGCUUGGAUUAGGACUGGGAGUGACAACAAGUAUUUUAAGGAAGCUGAACAGAGUUUGAAGGCUGAUGAUCAGUACCAUCAUCGUGAAUAUGCUCACCCGAAAUUUACUGGAAUGGUAAACAAUAGUGUAUCAAGUCAGAUGCUGAGACAAGAUUUAAGGGCUUUGAACUAAUUUUAGUGACAUAACAUUCAUUCAAUAUCUCUUUGUUAAUUCUGUUUUUACCAGAUCGUAGAAAAUUUAAACUUUACCAUUA